GCACAGCGAAGGAGCCACGUAAACCUACUGCCUGCAACGGCACCGAUUGCAUUCAUGUGUCACUUUUCGCCGCCUUGACGCACUUCGAACAUCUUAAUGAUGCCGCUUCGUCUUUUCAGAUUGUGUGGCGUGUAGGGACAUCUCUGAGAUGGCCGCGGUGCUGUUCGCCUCGGUGGUUCGGGUUGGGGACGGCCUGCCCCUGUCGGCGUCCACGGACUACGAGCAGGACAAGGACCUGCAGGAGACCAAGAGACACCUCAAGGGUUUAUCCAAGAAGCUGGGCCAGUUUCCUGACCGCUGCACCCUGAGGAGUGGCCCCUACAAUGUCAAUUUUACAAGCGCGUUGGGCGUGGGCUACCUGAUGGUGUGCUCCUCCAGCUACCCCAACGUACUGGCCUUCUGCUUCCUGGAUGAGCUGCAGAAGGAAUUCAUCGUUACUUAUGACAGCAAGCGGGUCGGCGGCGCCGUGCGGCCGUACUCCUUUAUCGAGUUCGACACGUUCAUCCAGAGGACCAAGCAGCGCUACAACAGCCCUCGCUCGCUCUCCACCAAGAUCAACCUGGCCGACAUGCAGACGGAGAUCAAGCUGAGGCCGCCCUACCAGCUGUCGCUUGACGACCUGCACGCCAUCAACGGCUUGUCGCCGCACUCGUCCUCCAAGUACAAGGGCAUCGCUCCCACGCAGAUGUUGGAGCCGGUCACGAUGCCCGGCGUGGUGUCCUGUGUGCUCAGCGUCCUCUGUGGGGGUCUCAACCUGCUGCGAGGGGUCCACGCCAUCGAGAGCAUCCUUCAGAAUGACGACGAGGACUUCAGCUACGUGAUCGCCUUUUUCCUGGGCACCGCCGCCUGCCUCUAUCAGUGCUUCCUGUUUGCGUACUCCUCGGUGUGGCGGAACCUGAAGUCCUUUCUGGCGCUGGCUCUGGUCUGCAUGUGCAACAUGUACCUCUACCAGCUGAGGAACCUGUGGCAGAUCCUCUUCCAUGUGGCCGUGGCGGCCGCCAUGACGUUGCAUAUCCGCCUCAGGCAGCCACUUGGCAAGGCGCCUGACUAUAACGUCUGACCCUGAACGCACCACUGUUGGACUUUUGGAACAGGAACUGGAGGGAGAUGUACUACAGCCGCUGAAGGUGCAUUUUAACACACACACAUUUCCUCGUGUGGAUACUUGUUUAACUUGACAACGGUUCAGGUUUUCUUUUCAAGCUAUGCAACGCUGCCUGACAUACACGCCUUUUUUUUUAAUCUCACUAUGAGAUGUAUUACUUUGGCUCAUGGUUUUGUCAUGUGAUCACUGAGCAGCCAAUCAGGCGAGAGAACACAAGCAAGCUCACUCAGCUGUGCCAACAGUCAUCAAGCCUAAUGAUGUUUUACAGCAGUGUGGUAGUGUCAUGUCUGGACGUUUGAAUGGCCACAGCGCCACCUCCUGGCUCUUUUUGGGACUUUUCAUGAGAUCCAAUUAGGCAUUGUUGUUAUCCAUCCAUCCAUUUUCUAUGCCGCUACCCCUCAUCAGGGUCGUGGGUGUUAAUAAUAAGAAAGUUUUAAUACAGCAGCUCAAGACAUCCAGUGACAAACUGUUGUAAGCGUGAGUUCUCUUAUCAAAACUAAAAAAACAAAUUAGGGAUAGGCCCAACCGAUACUGCUGUAAUUCACAUAUCGGAAAUUUCCGAUACCACCUGCGUGGAGUUCUGAUCCAGGAGCCACGUUUGUGCUUUCAUGUUAUCCGCUUGCAAUAAAGUAACAGCCUGUAGAGGGGAGUUUAUCACCGCCUCAUAUAAUCAAGCGUAAUGAUAACGUAGCGACACAGAAGUUCUGUGCGAUCUGUCUGUGAAGCCGUGAACGCAUCGGGCUGAGAGCGCGUGUGUGUGUGGAGAAAGCUACGUCCACUGAUACUCUUCUAGCUACAUUUGCUAAUGUUCGUUUGGUAUUGUUGCGACUGACAGUGACCUGUAACAUUUAAUAAAGGGACUGUUUAUCGACCACCUCCUCGUCAUUCUUCUAACGUCUGCAGACGCUACAAUAGUGAUAAUAUUAAAGCAAACAAAGCUCUGGUAUCGGAAUAGUAUCUGUAUCGGCAGAUAUCCAAAUUCAGGUAUCGAGAUGUGAAAUCGGUGCAUCCCUGAAUGUAAACAAAAGGCUGGCUUGAGUGCUGCGGUGAAAUCAAAGCUGAUGCAUAUCACAAACUGGCUGGUGGCAGAGCGACCUUCAGUCUCUCUAACGCUCGUUUUCCAUCAAGCACGUCAGCAACAAUAAAAUCUCUCCUUUUAUUAUUCUACUUGUCAGCAUCCCUGAUUGUUUUAACAUUUUCUGCUCGGUCAAAGGUGACAGAUACAAGUCAUCCUCGUACGGUUAGCUAAAAAUGACAUUUUCAAUUGAAACAAACAUUGUUGAAACAAACAUUGAAACAAACAAACGUUCACAAGCUUGUAACGUAUGACGGAGGAUUCGGGCCAAAACAAAACUGAGAUUGUGUCAUAAAUUUACAAGAAAAAAAAUGGUAUUACCAUUUUUGCCCAAGGCCCCCUUUUCAUAGCUGUCUGAGGCAAUGCCUGUUACAACUGUUACCAAUAUGAGAAAAUGAGAUUCUGAGAAUAAAGACGAAGUAUGAGAAAAAAACUUGUAAUAUUGUGAGAAUAAAGUCGUAAAUUUAGGAGGAAAAACUGGUAAGUUUAUGUUACAGGCAGUGCAUGAGACAACUAUGAAAAGGGGCGGGACUUAUGUGACCGUUGGCCUUGGCCAUGUGGAAGGGGCGGGGUAAGGAAGGUGGUAAAUUUAUGACUUUACUCUCAUAACGUUACACCUUUUUUUCCUCAUAAAUUUACGACUUUAUUCCCGUAAUAUUAUGACUUUAUUCUUGUAAUAUUUUGUUCUCAAAUGUGUUUUUCUCUCGUAAAUUUCCGACUUUAUUCUCGGAAUAUUAUGACUUUCUCAAAUGUACAACUUUUUUCGUAAAUGUCCGUGUUUUUUUUCUUGUAAAUUUACAACUUUAUUCUCGUAAUAUUACAACUUUAUUCCCGUAAUAUGACUUUAUUCUUGUAAGAUUACUUCUUUCCUCAAAUGUAUGCAUUUUUCUCUCAAAUUUACGACUUUACUCUCAUAACAUUACGACUUUUUUAAUCUUAAAUUUCUGAGUUCUUCACAUAAAUUUACGUGUUUAUUCUGGAAAUAUUACGACUUUAUUCUUGUAAUAUAUUAUUCUCAAAUGUAUGCGUUUUUCUCUUGUAAGUUUCGGACUUUACUCUCAUAACAUUACAUUUUUCUCGUAAAUGUAUGACUUUAUAACAUUCCGACUUUUUUUUUUUUUUGCAUAAAUUUCCGAGUUUUUUCCUUGUCAAUUUCCGACUUUAUUCUUGUAAUAUUACUUAUUUUCUCAAAUGUAUGCGUUUUUCUCUCGUAAAUUUCCGACCUUGCUCACAUAACAUUACAACUUUAUUCUCUGAAUAUUAUGACUUUUUCUCAAACGUACAACUUUUUCUCUCGUAAAUUUACGACUUUAUUCUUGAAAUCUCCCAUUUUUUUUCAAUGCGGCCCUCGUACUCCGUCGUAAUGCAUUAGUAUUUAUUUAUUUUUUUAAAGUUGAAGAUGUUUAUUGUGUUUAAAGAACUAGCUAAAACGCUGAUGGAGGGAAAGGCCUCAUUAAACAUGAUUGGACAUUCACUGGGUCGUACCAUCGAGGGAGCUCGACGGGGGUGGACAUUGUCUUGCAUUGUGAUUGAGAAGGCCCACUCGCAUUCAUGUGAUAAAGUAUGUCACCAUGUAUUUUUGUAGAAAAGAUAGACAAGAUCUGAUAGCGUUUGCUCUUUCCAAAGUGAAAGUAGAAAAUUAGAAACUUUGUUGACAUCCUUUAGCGUGUUUUUGAUGUGUUCAGUUCUUUGUGGCACCUCCCAGACUCCGCCCCUUAGUUCCUGAUCAGGACGGGUACAACCUUCAAGGAGGUGGGACGUGACCUCGUUAAAACGCUCCUCUGAUUGGACGUCCCUGGUAUCAGCUAGACAGGAUCCACAUGUGGCCGGGUCCUCUCUCCCACAUUCUGUCAGUCCAAGCUGAGCCUCUCCGGUCUGCUUGAUGGAUGGACCUGAACCAGAACGGGCGUAGCAGUCCAAGGAGUGCGUUAGCUGCCGGAGGGUCCGCUGAUGAGGAAGUACGUCGUCAUGUCUCCUUUGCCUUUGACUGUGACCACGCCCCUGUACUCCAGAGAGUAGUUGUAGGAGCUCAGGACCUGGUACAAGUCUGCUGUCACCUGAGGACACACGCUCAAGUUUAGUAGUAUUUCCUCAGGCAAAGGCCUCAGCUCUCAUGCUAGGAUGUGGACGUGGCAUCUGUAAAGCUCUUUCUACAUUAAACCCAAAACCAACAACCUAGAAGAAUUUAAUGGUAGCUUAUCGUUCCAGCUCUGCCCAGUAGAUGGCGCCGGAACUCUGCUUCGGAACACACCUCGCGGUUUGAGGGCGGAAUCAGUCUGGGCAUCGCUCUCUCGAGAUAUAUACAUACAUAUAUAUACAUAUACACACAUACAUAUAUAUAUAUA